GCAUUGCUCCAUCUCGACCACAAUGUUGUCCUUGAAGACUUUUUCGCUCGUCGUCACCGCUGCCGUGGCCAUGAACGGAAUCACCGCUCUCGAGCAGGGCGACCCUGCUAACGUUCCCCAGAGCACUCUCGCCCCGUCCGAUUCUCCUGUGCAGUCGCAGACGCUGGCUCCUGCCUGGACGACACAGACACCAACUGCGUCUAAUGGCGGAUCGUACUCGUACGACAGCACGGGCUCUUCCGUUGCCGGUUCGUCAGAGAUCGAUGAGGGUAGCGAUGCCAAGUCGAAUGGCGCGUUCACAAUUCCCCCUUCGACUGACUCUGGCAGUGAGUUCAACCUCAAGAGUCCACCUCCACCUCCGUCGAGCCCCGGUAGCCUUUCAACCGGCAGCGAUCUUGGCGUUGGCAGUGGUUCCGCUCCAAACGACAAGGAAGGUCUCCCUACUUUAAGCAGCUCUCGAAGCAGCCCCACAGGCUCAUCGGAUCUUAAUGAAAACGGCUGCAAGCUUUGGCGCUCUUGCCCGUACGUCGUCCUGGUGACGCUAAAGAACCUAUCAACAAGGUUCUUCUACUUCUUCCAGGCAGCGGAAGGGCUGCAGCACUGCCUUAUCGGCCCUCGUUAG